UAAGGCUUUGGUGAUUAUGAUUAUUUCCAAGUUAGAAUUGAAAGAAAUAUAUUUUAAUUUGAGGGACACUUGUAAACAAGGGCAUGAAAAACAAUGUCUUUUCAUCUUCUCUCUUUUCAUUUUCCGUGGGAUUAAACCUAGUGUCCAAAAUUGAACACAAACAAUACACAAAGAUCGUAGUGAUUAUUUGAAAUAUAAUGUUAUGAAUGAACUAAUACAUGACUGCCAAAAAAAUCACAAAUUCCAGCAACGUGAACAUAGAAAAUUUCUCGCCUUGAUGCUUUUUAUUCAGGUGACCAGAUUCAAGUGUAGAGGAUUUAUUUUUGGGCUGGCCACGAACCACUGCAUGUGUGAUGGUCUUGGUGCAAUUGGAUUUGUGAGUUCAUGGGGUGAAACUGCCCCCGGCCUCCCCCUCUGCGUCACACCAUCCCUUGACCGGAGCAUUCUCAAAGCGAGGGACCAUACCAAGAUCGAAUUCCCCCACCACGAAUUCACCAAGAUCGAAAACGUGUCUGACACCACCAAUCUCUACCAAGACAAGGUGCGCGACAAGUCCUGCUUGGAUCCUGAGAAGCUUGUGCAGCUCAAACAGAUGGCCUUGAAAGACAAGGCCCUUGGGAAAUGCACCACCUUCCAAGCGCUCUCCGCAUUCGUGUGGAGAGCUCGGUGCAAGGCACUGAAGCUACGGCCCGAACAACAGAACAGGCUCCUCUUCACAGUCGAUGGGUGGCCUAGGCUCAACCCCCCGCUCUCCAAAUUCUUCUUCGGGAACGGAAUUGUGCUAAUGAAUUCUCUAUGCAUCGCUAGUGAACUUCUUGAUAUGCCAUUUUCAUUUACGGUCGUACUAGUCCAGAAGGCGGUCUCGAUGGUCACGUACAGCUACAUUAGAUCAGCCGUCGAGUACUUUGAAGCAAAAAUAUACCCCCCUUCUCUUUCCUCGACUCUUCUCAUUACCACAUGGUCUAAGCUAUCUUUAUUAUUAUUUUUUUCUCCUUCAUAUUUAUUGUAA